AUAACUCGUGCCUCGCAAGUUCCCGCACGCCCCACUGCUUUUGCUGUGUCUGCCUAGCGAAGGCGCUGCCGGAGACGCCUGGGGACUUGACCUUUGACUUGUAACAUCUCACUGAGACCCCUCCACUUCACAUCGCUUCGCCCACGCCCAGAGCCAACCCAAUCGGGACUACGCCAUAGGACGCGCUCCUCACACAACACCGCCGGAAUCAAAGACGACAUUAGGAUUCACAAGGAGUUUCCCGCACAGGUGGACCUUUAAUGAAAUUGCGACGACGCUAACGUGACGAACGUUUUUCACGACCACCGCCAUGUCCGCAUACACACCAUCCCGUCGUUACGAUUCGCCACGAUCGCCGUACGAAGUAGAGUCGGAUACCCGCUCGCACUCGGAUUCUGGGAGCCCCGGAGUCCGCGACGGCCGAAGCUUUUAUGACAACCAGGGUGCCUACGACCCAUACCCACCACAGGAGUCCAGCGAUACGGAAUCGUCUGGCGAGCACCAAGACUACCAUUAUGAGAACUACCACAGCGGGGGAACACAGCUUCCGGAAGCGUACCCCGCGUGGUCCGCCAAACGAGGGAUUCCAUUGUCGAAGGAGGAGAUAGAGGAUGUGUUUCUAGAUCUGACACAGAAGUUUGGGUUCCAAAGGGAUUCGAUGCGGAAUAUGUUCGACUUUCUUAUGCAGCUUCUCGAUAGUCGGGCCUCCCGAAUGUCUCCGAACCAAGCGCUGCUCACAGUGCACGCCGACUAUAUCGGCGGACAACAGGCCAACUACCGCAAAUGGUACUUCGCCGCCCAGCUUGAUCUGGACGAUGUCAUCGGGAAGACACAGAACCCGGGUAUCAGCCGUCUACGCUCGAAGCGUGCUCCAAACAAGCAUGCUGCGCACCAACGAUCGUUCAAUAUCGCGAUGGAGCGCUGGCGCCAGGCGAUGCACAAUAUGACGCAGUACGACAGGCUGCGGCAGGUCGCGCUUUAUCUGCUGUGCUGGGGAGAGGGCGCGCAAUUGCGCUUUGUCCCCGAAUGUCUCUGCUUCGUCUUCAAGUGUGCAGAUGACUACUACCGCUCGCCGGAAUGCUUGAACAGUUCCGAAAUCAUGCCCGAAGGACUGUAUCUGCGAUCGGUGGUGAAACCGUUGUACCGAUUCAUCCGAGAUCAGGGCUAUGAGCUGGUCGACAAUAAGUUUGUGCGACGAGAACGGGACCACGAGGAUAUCAUCGGAUAUGACGACGUCAACCAGCUGUUUUGGUAUCCCGAAGGAAUUGCCAAGAUUGUGCUAAAAAACACGCGGCGACUGGUCGAUCUCCCUGCCUCAGAGCGAUUCCUGGCUUUCGAAAGUAUCGACUGGAAUCGGGUAUUCUUCAAGACUUACUACGAGAAGCGCUCGUUCGGACAUCUCCUGGUCAACUUCAAUCGUAUCUGGGUUAUCCACGUGUCCAUGUACUAUUUCUUCACGGCCUACAACUCGCCGACGGUCUACGCUUUCAAUGGUGUGACGACCAGGGCGAUGCGAUGGAGCUCUGUUGCGUUGGGCGGUGCUGUGGCCACCAUGCUCAUGAUCCUUGCCACUAUCGCCGAAUUCUGGUACAUCCCGUCACAGUGGGUGACCACCUCGCAUCUGACCCGGAGGCUCGUUUUCCUGCUUGUAACCUUGGCUCUCACGGCAGCUCCCACCGUCUACGUGGCAAUCGAUUCCAGAGAUGGACAUGCCACCCAGCUGGCCCUCAUUUUGGGCAUCGCCCAGUUCUUCAUCAGUGUUGCGGCCAUACUUCUCUUCUCCAUCAUGCCCUCGGGACGGAUGUUCGGCGAUCGUGUGGCGGGCAAGUCGCGCAAGUACCUAGCCAGUCAGACGUUUACUGCGAGCUACCCGGCCCUGAAGACGUCGGCUCGAAUGGCGUCGAUCUUGCUCUGGGUAUUGGUCUUCCUGUGUAAAUUCGUGGAGUCGUACUUCUUCCUGACGCUUUCGAUCAAAGACCCCAUCCGGGUGAUGGUGGGAAUGAAGAUUCAAGGCUGCAACGACAAGUACUUUGGGAACAACUUGUGUCGCAACCAGGUUGCGUUCACGCUUACGAUCAUGUACCUGAUGGAUCUUGUGCUCUUCUUCCUGGACACGUUCCUCUGGUAUGUGAUCUGGAACACGGUCUUCAGUAUCGCGCGUUCUUUCGCGAUCGGGCUAUCGAUAUGGACCCCGUGGACGGACAUCUACACGCGAUUGCCCAAGCGAAUCUACCUCAAGCUACUGGCCAAAGACGACAUGCAGGCAAAGUACCACCCGAAGGUCCUGGUUUCCCAGAUCUGGAAUGCUAUCAUCAUCUCCAUGUACCGCGAGCAUCUGCUCUCCAUCGAACAUGUUCAAAAUCUUCUCUACCAUCAAGUCGACACCGGUGAGGAGGGCCGGCGGAGUCUCCGGGCGCCUGCUUUCUUCCUCAGCCAGAACGACGGAAAAUUCAAGGGCGAGUUCUUCCCGCCAGGAAGCGAAGCAGAGCGCCGCAUCUCGUUUUUCGCCCAAUCCUUGACGACGACUGUUCCCCAGCCCCUGCCGGUCGAUGCCAUGCCUACAUUCACUGUCCUGACUCCGCAUUACAGCGAAAAGAUUCUGUUGUCACUGCGAGAGAUCAUUCGUGAGGAAGACCAACAAACGCGGGUCACGUUGCUUGAAUACCUGAAGCAAUUGCACCACCUCGAAUGGGAGAACUUUGUCAAGGACACGAUGAUCCUCGCCGAGGAAACCGAGAUGUUCAAUGGCACGAACCCGCUCAAUAUGAACGAGAAGACCAAGGUGGCCGAUCUGCCAUUCUAUUUCCUCGGAUUCAAGACUGCGGCACCGGAGUUCACGCUUCGCACGCGGAUCUGGGCGUCGCUGCGAGCGCAAACGCUGUAUCGCACGGUAUCGGGGAUGAUGAACUACUCCAAGGCCAUCAAGCUGCUCUAUCGUGUCGAGAAUCCAGAGGUGGUGCAGAUGUUUGGGGGGAACACCGAUCGGCUGGAGCGUGAGCUGGAGAGCAUGGCGCGCCGGAAAUUCAAGUUUGUUGUGUCGAUGCAGCGAUACUCCAAGUUCUCCCCGGAGGAGCAGGAGAAUGCCGAGUUCCUGCUGCGGGCGUACCCGGAUCUGCAGAUUGCCUACCUGGAUGAGGAGCCUCCCUCCAAAGAGGGUGCCGAGACGCGCAUAUUCUCUGUCCUGAUCGACGGGCACAGCGAGUUCCUUCCGGAAACCGGACGCCGGAAACCCAAAUUCCGGGUCGAGCUGCCAGGGAACCCUAUUCUCGGAGACGGCAAAUCUGACAACCAGAACCACGCGAUCAUCUUCUAUCGGGGUGAAUACCUGCAGCUCAUCGAUGCCAACCAGGACAACUACCUCGAGGAGUGUCUCAAGAUCCGCAACGUGCUGGGUGAGUUUGAGGAGUACGCGAGCUCCCACGAGAGCCCGUACGCGGACUGGAACCCCAAGGACUACCACAGACGGACGCCUGUCGCAAUCGUCGGUGCGCGCGAGUACAUUUUCUCGGAGAACAUCGGGAUUCUCGGCGACCUUGCUGCCGGAAAGGAGCAGACGUUCGGGACCCUAUCGGCGCGGUCGAUGGCCUGGAUCGGCGGAAAGCUGCACUACGGUCAUCCGGAUUUCCUGAACGGGUUGUUCAUGAACACCCGCGGCGGUGUGUCUAAGGCUCAGAAGGGCCUGCACCUGAACGAGGAUAUCUACGCUGGCAUGAACGCGUUCGGGAGAGGAGGGAGGAUUAAGCACACCGAGUACUACCAGUGCGGCAAGGGGCGUGAUCUUGGGUUCGGGACGAUCCUCAACUUCUCGACGAAGAUCGGGACUGGGAUGGGCGAGCAGAUGCUCAGUCGCGAGUACUACUACCUCGGGACGCAGCUCCCGAUCGACCGGUUCUUGACGUUUUACUAUGGCCAUCCGGGAUUCCACAUCAACAACAUGCUUGUCAUUCUGUCUGUGCAGAUCUUCAUUCUGACGAUGCUGUUCCUCGGGACGCUCAAUUCGUCGGUGACGAUCUGCCAGUACAAUUCUGUGGGCCAGCUGGUCCGGGGCAUGUCUGGUUGCUACAAUCUGAGUCCUGUCUUUGACUGGAUCCACCGCUGCAUCUUCAGUCUGCUGCUCGUCUUCAUGAUUGCGUUCCUGCCGUUGUUCUUGCAAGAACUGAUUGAGCGCGGAACGUGGAAGGCGGUGCUGCGACUGGGCAAACAGUUUGGGUCGUUCUCGCCGUUCUUCGAGAUUUUCUCGACGCAGAUCUACACGCAUUCGAUUCUGAGCAAUUUGACGUUUGGCGGGGCUCGAUACAUUGCCACGGGGCGUGGAUUUGCGACUGCGCGGAUCAACUUCAGCAUCCUGUUCUCGCGGUUUGCGGGCCCGAGCAUCUAUCUAGGCAUCCGCACGCUGCUGAUGCUGCUGUAUGUGUCGCUGACGCUGUGGACGCCGUAUCUGAUCUACUUCUGGAUCUCGAUCACGGCGCUGUGUCUGGCACCGUUCAUGUUCAACCCGCACCAGUUUGUCAUUGGCGACUUCUUGGUCGACUACCGGGACUUUUUGCGGUGGAUGUGCCGGGGUAAUACGAAGACGCAUGCGAACUCGUGGAUUGGAUACUGCCGUCUCAGCCGGACGACGAUCACGGGCUACAAAAAGAAGAGACUCGGGCAUCCGUCGGAGAAGCUCUCUGGAGACGUGCCUCGCGCCAGCUGGCGGGCGGUUUUGUUUUCGGAGAUUGCGUUCCCUAUAGUGAUGGCCGUGGUGAUGGUAAUUGCCUAUAUGUUCGUCAAGGCGUUCCCAGACAAGAACGGGCAGUACUCGGCCAGUCCGUUGAUCAGAAUCGCCGUUGUGUCGUUAGGCCCUAUCGUGUGGAAUGCGGCGGUGCUGCUCGCGCUGUUCUUCCUGUCGAUGUUCCUCGGCCCCAUGCUGGACCGGCCGUUCCCGAUGUUCGGUGCGUGGAUGGCGUUCAUUGCCCACAUCUUCGGUGCCAUUGGCACGAUCGGCUUCCUCGAGUUCUUGUGGUACCUGGAGCUGUGGAACGUCUCGCACGCUGUUCUCGGGCUGAUUACGGUGAUCGCCGUUCAGCGCGCCAUCCACAAGGUGUGCGUGGCCGUGUUUUUGUCGCGCGAAUUCAAGCACGACGAGACGAACCGGGCGUGGUGGUCGGGUAAAUGGUACGGGCGGGGGCUCGGGGCACAUGCGAUGUCGCAGCCGUUGCGCGAGUUUUUGGUUAAGAACAUCGAGCUCUCGCUGUGGGUGUCGGACCUCAUCAUCGGGCAUCUGCUGCUCUUCAUGCUCACGCCGCCGAUGCUCAUCCCGUACUUUGAUCGGAUCCAUGCUACGUGUCUAUUCUGGCUCCGGCCCUCGCAACAAAUCCGCGCUCCCAUCUGGCGCCAGGGCCAGAAGAAAAUGCGGCACUGGAUCAAACUGACGUAUGGCAUGAUCUACAUGUUUUCGAUCAUUGUGUUUGUCGCGCUUGUUGCUCAUGAAGCUCAACAUCGCCAGUACGAGCCUCCGAUAUCGGGUCCCAUCUGCCGUGCUGACCAUCGUCCCACAGACCCCGCAACGGGGCAACAAAAGCUGCUCGACCUGGAUGACGAGCGUAAAUACCGCCACUUUUACGACAAAAAGAUCGCCCAGGAGGUCCCCGCCGACAACAUCGGUUCAGAGUGGGCUGGCUACGUGCUGCGCAUCACGGGCGGAAACGACAAGCAGGGCUUCCCGAUGAAGCAGGGUGUGCUCCUGCCGUACCGUGUGCGUCUCCUGCUCGGCGACGGCCACUCGUGCUACCGCCCUCGCCGCACGGGUGAGCGCAAGCGCAAAUCCGUCCGCGGGUGCAUCGUCGGGCCCGACAUCGCCGUCCUGUCGCUCGUGCUCGUGAAGCAGGGUGAAUCCGAGAUCGCGGGGCUGACAGACAACGUGCUGCCCAAGCGCCUCGGGCCCAAGCGUGCGACCAAGAUCAAGCGCUUCUUCAACCUCGGCAAGGAGGACGAUGUGAGGAAGUACGUCGUCAGGAGGGAGGUCAAGUCGAAGAAGGAGGGUGCGAAGCCGUACACCAAGGCGCCCAAGAUCCAACGUCUCGUCACACCCGAGCGCCUGCAGCGCCGCCGCCACCUCUCCUCGCUCGUCCGCCGCAAACGGGUCGUCCAGAAGGAGCAAAAGACGGAGUACGACGCCCUCCUCGCCAAGCGUGUCGCGGAGAAGAAGGCCAAGGUCGCCGCUAUCAAAGCCGCUCACCACAAGACCGCAUAAGCAGUGUGCUGCGUUGGUUUGGUAUCGGACAUCCCCGCGGAUGCAGCAGACAGGCGCUGGGUAGCUACGCGUGUAUUACUGUUGACGCGGUCAGGUUAUGCUAUGUUGUGUCCUAGGCCCUAUUAUGAUGCAUGCUCUCUUUCUUUCUU